AUGGGGCAGGCCAUACCCAAGUUUAGAAAAGGAGACGGGAAGGAGCAAACCUCCACAAAACCUCCAGACCUUUCUGCUAUAUGGGAAGAAGAAUAUAACAAAUUCACGUUAGAGAAGUUUGAUGAAUUCUACCAUCAGUUUUAUUCCAUUAUCGAAAAACUGAAUGAGAAAGGCGGAGCGAUGCAAUUUAAGUUACCUAAGAAAGACGAUCUCAAAAAGGCGUUCGAGAGAUAUCAUCCAGGGAAAGGAACCUUAACGAAGGAAGAGUUCAAGAAAAUUAUGGGAGAAGUGAUCCAAUUGGAGAGCUUUCACGUUGGUAAGAGAGCAGUGGACGUGCUACUGUUCCUGUUUGGGGUUCCCGUCGUCUCCCUCCUUGCUAAGCGGGUAAUCCCCGGCGCCGAGUCUAUCCCGGAAGAUAUCCUAAUUCCCGUCGCCACUUCCGGCACUGUCGUCUUUCUCACCAAGACCCAUAGGCUGUAGGUGCCAAUGAUUGCACCAAUCACUCUUUAAAUAAAUAAUCACAAUACUGCUUAUUCUAUGAUGAAACAACGGCUAUCUUGUGCUGGAGUUCCUGGUAAGCUAGCUAAUUAAUAAGAGCAUUGUAUAGUUGGCCAUCAUUUUCCUUACCAUUAAUUCCAGCUUUGUAAUGCUAUGCAAGCUCUCAAGAUAUCUAUGUAUGGUGCAACGUACCUUCAAUCGGAACAAGAUAUUUAUUAUUUCACUACCACCAUUACUAAUUAUGGAAAACA